GGCCCAUUAUCUCUUGCCGCCUGGCGCCUCCUGCGCUGGAAAUCAGAGACAUCAGAAGGCAGAAUUUCCUUCCGCAAGCAAAAAUUAAAAACCCUAGAGAAACCUCCGAACACCCCCCAAGUCAAGUCCGAGCAAUCCUCUGAAUCAAAAGAGUAUACCAGAAGAAGAAGACUGAGCUCAAAGAACCCAAAAAUGGUUCCAGGGCUGAGACAAUUCACCGACCGGACCGCCGAAGGUUCCGGCGUGCCGGUGCUCGACACUGAAAAUGGGGAGGAGCUGAAGCACGUCCAGUCCGGCGUCGCCAUUGUAAUCGCCAAUCGCUCACCGGAAUCUCCUGGGACUCUCUACAUUUCCUCCAGGAAGGUGGUUUGGUUGAGCGAUGUGGACAGGCAAAAGGGUUAUGCUGUUGAUUUCCUGGCCUUGUCACUCCACGCUGUGUCCAGAGAUCCGGAAUCUUUUCCUUCUCCCUGUAUUUACACUCAGAUUGAGACAGAAGCUGAUGAUGAUGAGUCGGAUGAGUCGGAUUCGGAGUGUCAAGAAACAUUGGACUUAUCUAAAGUCACAGAGAUGAGGCUUGUUCCUUCUGACCCGAACCAAUUGGAUACUCUGUUCCAGAUAUUCUGUGAGUGUGCUGAGCUCAAUCCGGAACCAAUUGAAGGUUUUGGAGGCGGCAACUGGGUUUUCAGUGCUGACCAGUUGGCUGAUAACGGCUCAGAUGUGGAAGCCCCCGAAUGGUUCUCCCCAAUUCCAACGAGCUCCAUUGGCCAUUCAAAUGGGGAUCAUGACAUUGCCCGUACCGUGCUUGAGGUGAGCUUUUCCGCAACCUGCUAACCGCAGUUUAGAUAAGUUUGAUAAGAUCCUCUUACAGCUCGAUCUCUCAUGUUAUUGGAAACUUCUUCUUCUUGUUGUUGUGUGUGAAUUCGCAGCUGCAAAUCAAUGACCAACGAUUUGAAGAUGCGGAAGAGAUGGAACGUGAAAACGAGAAUAGCCAUAACUAACUUCUUUGAACAAUGGUUGCAUGUUGUAGUGUGCUUUUUAACAGCAAUUCUACAACUUAAAGGCUCUCUCAGUAGUUCCAUGUAAAUUUCAGACCCUGCAUUUUGCUUUUGGAUAUGUAACCAGAGGGAUAGAGCGGCAGAAGAUGUCUCGGUAUGUAACAUUUUAGUGGGUGAAAAGAGUGUAUCUGUAAUGCCAGAGAUUAUGGCUAAAUCUUACUGCAAUCUCAUAGGCAUUGUGAUUUUUCUCUUCUAGUCUUCACUUCCUGGCUCGGCAGCUCUACAAGUCAGGAGACUUUCGGUUCCCCUGAAACCGAACCAAAACCGAUAUGCGCAAUGGUUAACCGAAAUGGUUAAGAGUGUUGAGUUUCAAUCGGAACC